AUUUUAGCAUGUCAUACGAUGUUAACCAGACAGAUCAUUACUGUGUUAUUGACAGAGACUUUAUGUCACCUGUAAAAUGGAUGGCACCAGAGAGCCUUGAAACAGGAAUUUACACCACCCAGUCAGAUGUGUGGUCCUUCGGUGUUUUGCUGUGGGAACUAAUGACCAGGGGAAGUAAGCCAUAUCCUGAUAUCGACGAAUGGGAUAUGUUAAGCUAUUUAGAGAAAAACAAGAAAUUGCCACAACCAUUAUUUUGUCCAGAUCUGGUGUACUCCUUAAUGAAACAGUGCUGGAAUUUAAACCCUGAUAAAAGACCUACAUUUUUUGAUCUGGUUCUGGAGCUAAACAAGUUGACUACUACUCCCUCAGAGGAUGGAGGUUAUUUGCAACCUUCUAAAUAUACAUACGAAUCUCCCCAAUACACCUACGUUACGCUCUACUAGAUAAAGGCACAUUAAAUAUGCUCCGCGAAAAACUGACUCAAGCAGAGCUAAGAGAUACAAUGAGUUUCAAACAUAA